AUACUCUGAUAUUUUACGAAGGGGAAAGAUCUUUGUAAACUUUUGUUUUAGGAUCUUAUGGUUAACAAUUGACAGGUAAACAAAUUAUUUGCUGCAGGCCCGUGAGAAGGGAUGGAAAUUUUGAGGCGACCCCGGCGGUUCGUGGUAUUCUGAAACAGAAUGCCUGGAACUACGUGGGUGGGACCUACGACAGUAGCACAGGCAUGGCAUCUCUCUGGAACAACGGGGAACUAGUCGGUCAGAGGCAGCUUGCGGACCCCCAACAGGUCGCAACUCAGUACCCCAUCCGGGUGGCUAGGAGGAACGGAGACGGUCGGAUCUACUCGGGUCGGAUCGCCUGUCUGCAGCUGUACGACUACGCCAUGACUGAAGAACAGAUCAUUGCCGCGAGGGAGAAAUGUAAAAUUUGUGCCAUCGACACCGUUUUCCUGCUCGACCGCUCGUCCAGCAUACCACGUACCGGGUUCAACCUUGCCAAACAGUACAUCUGGGGUUUUGCACAAUGUUUCACUGACCAGGAAAUCGGGGUUGGAGUUAUUGCAUACGAGUGUGUGCCUAGUACUGGUAUUAAACUAGGAAUCUUCACUGCAAGCAACUCAGCUGACCUGAUGUACGCCAUUGGCGAUGUGGAGUUUACCGGGGGCCUCACCCGAACUGGCCUGGCCAUUAACUACAUGACAAAUACGGCCUUUGUCUCCCGUGAAGACGCACCCCGGGUAGCGGUUAUCAUCACUGACGGGAACACUGAAGGCAGCAUUGACGAACUGGGAACACUUCUUGGGCCCCUCAUAUUCCUGGCUGUGUUUGAUGACGCUGUUAGAGAGUCUCCCCUCAGUGAGUGGAAAUUUGUCGACGACCUGUCGUUGGCAGAGACGCGACAACAUGAUGCGCCAUCUAUCAUGCAGGAAGAGCUCAAUGACUUUAAUCAGUGGGCCAGUCAAAACCACAUGCUGUUGAAUGCAGACAAGUGCAAGGUUAUGAUUUUCUCGUUCAUGAAGCUUCCGCCUGCCCCUCCAGUUCUCAAAAUCAAUGGCACCCCGCUGGAGAUCGUGGUAGCAAAGGUUGAAGACGCAAAGGAUGCAGGUAUCACUGUGUACGUCGUGGCCAAUGGAUUGACAGCCCUUGUGAACAACGCUGCGCUUGAGGCCAUCGCUGGUGGCCCUGCCAAUGUCUUCAGCGCUACAGGCGACCCCUGCGAACUCGCCAACCGCAUCCUGGAGUUGUGUGGCGAGUAUAAUCUAUAUGACCGUAGGAGGAAACAACUCAUCAGAGGAGUCGCAUGA